GCUACCCAGACCGUCCUCGACCCUCGCCGACUAGGCAAGCAGAACUCUGGUUUCUCAGACGAUGACAUCGCCGACAUAGUAUGUCUCCUCCUACCAAUCUCCGAAGGUGCUCGCGCCGAGCUGCGCGAAAUGGCCCUGCGGACGUCCAUGCAUGUGGUCGAUGCAGAUGAUGCCGCGCACCCAGACCUGCAGCCCCCCGAGGGCUUGAGCCACUUGCCAUACCUCGUCGGCGAGCAGGCUAUCAUUCUCCGCCUCUCCGCCCAGGUCAAACACCCUCUUCUGGGCUUUGCCUUUGGCCGGAACUCCUCGACCUGCGACAUCUACUUUGCCAACGACCCUCGCCGGAGACUGAGCAACAUACACUUUCGGAUCUAUUUCAACGAGUAUGGUGUGCUCAUGCUGGAGGACUCGUCCAUGAACGGCACAGUAGUCGACGGGGCCAUGUUGAAGGGCAAGGAGGGAAACAAGGCAAAGCCAGACCAGGAGAAACUGCCCAAGCGGAGAACACUCAACCCAGGCUCCCAGAUCGUCAUACUUAUGGCCGACCGCCAGGAUGACCUCCACUUCAUGGUUCAGGUCCCACGUCGUGAGGGCGACUAUGAAGAAAUGUACAGGAGGAACUUGACCCGGUACAUGAAGCGCCUCCAGCAGCUCCGGGCAGAGCAGGGGGACGGAGACGCGAGCAAGACCAUCACUCCUGGGCCCUCAGGACAUGUCGAUUUGUUUCCUGUGGAUGAGACAACGAGAAGAAUAACCCCACGUGGCAACCGCCGACCUAUGUUACUUGACGAUCAGACACAAGACGCAGACGAAGUGCAAGGACUGCCCAGGGAGUGGAAUGGGUCUGGCAAAUACAACAGAGUGGGUCGCAUAGGCAAGGGAGCCUUUGCCACGGUCUACAUGGUGACCGCCAAAUUCGAUGGCAGACCGUAUGCUGCCAAGGAGCUCGACAAGAGAAGGUUCAUGAAGAACGGAGUGCUUGACCAGAAGGUGGAAAAUGAGAUGAAGAUCAUGCAGAAGGCCAAGCAUCCCAAUAUUGUUGAGUACGUGGAGCACCUGGAUUGGGACAACCGCCUCUUGAUCAUCAUUAUGGAGUACGUACCACAAGGUGACCUGGGCAGCCUCGUUGGCGACAACCAACCUCUGCUUGAAGGGAUUGUUCAGCAGAUGACAAGCCAGCUGCUCAGCGCGCUGGCGUAUCUGCAUGCCAACAACAUCACUCAUCGUGAUGUCAAGCCAGACAACAUCCUCGUGCAGUCUUUGCAACCAUUCGUCGUCAAGCUCACGGAUUUUGGUCUGUCCAAGAUGGUGGAUACUGAGCAGACCUUUCUGAAGACGUUUUGCGGUACUCUGUUGUACUGCGCCCCCGAAGUCUACAACGAAUUCGCCGAGUACGAUGAGUAUGGCCACAGGUUUCCCAGGAACAGGACACGACGAAGGCCGACUGGUCAAAGAUACGACCAUGCCAUUGACAUCUGGUCCCUGGGCGGCGUUCUCUUCUACGCACUCACUGGGCAGCCUCCUUUUCCCGCUAAGAACGGUAUCAGCUACACUGAACUCCUCCACCAGAUCAUGACGAAGCGGCUGAACACGCAACCUCUCACCCAAAUGAGCAUCACGUCAGACGGCAUUGACUUCUUGUUGCGGAUGCUCCAGAGGCGGCCAGAGCAGCGUGCGACAAUCGAGGAGCUCCGAACCCACAAUUGGCUCGAGGGCACAAGCUUCUCACAGGAAGAGCCUGCAGCUGGCGGGUCACAAGAUGAGGAGAUCGAUGAGCAGGAGACUGACGUGGAGGAGGAUCUGGCCCUGGAACAAUUUGGCGACGACAAAGUUCAGGUUGUUGAUUUCGACCGCUACGAGUCUCAGAAGGAGAACUACACAUUCGAUCAGAAACCACAGCAGCCUCAAAAGCUGUUCGGUGAAGUGUCCGACGUUGGCGAUUCUGGUGCGCUUCCAUCAAACCGUCUCAAUCUCCCCUCUCAAACCGCCGACCCAGAGGGGACACAGCUUUUCCACACCGUGAUCAAGGACAGCUUUGGAUCGGAAGUCUCGACGCCGCGUCAACCCAGGAAAUCACAACAAAACACACGCGGCGCCCUACCACCAGCGCUCACCCAGAGUCAAUACUCCGUGACCCAGUCCAUCAUCGAAUUGAACAAUCUGACGUUCGAUGCGGAAUCGCAGGAUCUUGGAGGGGCCGAGUCGCAGCUGGAGAACCUUAACAUGAAGUCUCUUGCUCCCUCUCAUGGCAAUCUCACCAGCUUCAACACAAGCAAGCGAAAAACGUCUGUCGACACGAGCGACGAGUUUGAGAGCACCCCGAAAGCCAGGCCAGCGGUCAAGAGACUUAGAUCGGAGAGUGUCUUUGAUGCGAUGAGCUACGAUGAAGAAGCAGAACAAAAUCUCUAUGCUCAGGUCCCGCCCCUGUCGCGGAUCAAUUCCAACCGACAGAUUGACAAGCCGGUGCACAAGUCUACGUAUUGGAACGCUCGAGACAGCAAGAGCUGGCAUCUGUAUUAUCCAGAAAUGACUCAACUUCAACAUGAUGCGUUCGCAUCCGCAGCAAAAGCCAGAGGCGAAUCUUUUGCACCCGGGAAGUCCCCAUUGUGGGACUUGGCCAUGAAGCAUUUCCCACCAUCGCUUUCGGAAUCUCAAGCACCAUCGCUAGGAUCUAGCCAGAACAGUACUUCAGACCUUGCCUCAAGAGCGUCAGAUCGGCGGAAUGACGCAUCAGGACUGGUGGACUUGGGUGACAUAAUGCCUCCAGAUUAUAGCACCCUCUCACUGGCACAUGCGGACCCGCCUCUCAACAGGGUUGUGGCGCUGCUAGAGUCAGCAGAAGGAUCCGUCGUGUCUGGGGUCUCGAUCCUCAUCAACUCGGCCAUGGUCUCAUGGGGCAGGGCGGAGGACAACACUCAUACUUACACACCUAAGACGGAGCCCAAGGUACCAAAGUACGGCCUCAAGAUCAUGCUUUGGAAGACUGGCUAUGAGCCCUCGAAAGACCUCCAGCCAUGGAAUUCUGCCGGCGACGAUUUCCACUUCUAUAUAUCGACGAAAGCAACGUAUGGCCUGCAGAUCAACAGAACCGUCCUUCCGUCCCACGACCCGAAGGCUCCACGUGGACCAUGUCGGCACUGGAUUCGCCUUCAUGAUGGUGACGUGGUGGUAUUCUGGGGCACUGGGAACAGAGAUGACAACACCAAAGCCAAACUUGUGUUCCGUUGCGAAUGGGGUGGCUCUUCGAGACCGAGAGACCCCGCCUUGCCCGCGCAGCUUGUUCCUGCGGAGAUUGCCGACUGCCUGGACCUAUCGUGUCGCAAGGCAGAAGAGCGCGCUAGCAAGUUGCUAGAGUACGAUCUAAGGCUGCAAGAGGCCGCCUACGAUACUGCUGAGCGGCAGAAGAACAUAGAACGUGAGCGACUGCACUCGCAGAACUUCGAGGUCAAGAGACUUGAAGCCUGCCGAAAUUUAGCCAUGAGGGCCAGCGGGAAGAGCUCACCUGCUUCCACGGAGCAGCUUAUGACUCCGACCCCUGCUCCACCAAAUAUGAUGGGAUAUACCAACCCAUUGAUGAUACGGAAGAAGAGCGCACCGACUCUCAAGCACGCUUCGUCGACCGUGGACGCACGAGCAUUGCAGACGAUGGUCGAGGAGUGA